CGGCCGGCCCCGCCCUCCGGCGCCACACUUCCGGCGGGGCUGCGACCACGGAGGGGCGCCGCGAGCGGGCGGUGCUGGGGGUGGCGGCGUAGGCUGGGCGCGGCCGGGCGCUGCAGACCCGCUGCUGCUGUCCGCGUCGGAGCCGGGCCCAGGGCCCUGCGUCCCGCCCGCGCCAUGGGCAACUGCCACACGGUGGGGCCCAACGAGGCGCUGGUGGUUUCAGGGGGCUGUUGUGGUUCCGACUAUAAACAGUAUGUCUACGGCGGCUGGGCUUGGGCCUGGUGGUGUAUCUCCGACACUCAGAGACUGUCUCUGGAGGUUAUGACCAUCCUGUGUCGCUGUGAGAAUAUUGAGACGUCGGAGGGGGUCCCGCUAUUCGUAACAGGGGUUGCACAGGUGAAGAUCAUGACAGAGAAGGAGCUCCUAGCUGUGGCCUGUGAGCAGUUCCUGGGUAAGAAUGUGCAAGACAUCAAAAACGUCGUCCUGCAGACCCUGGAGGGGCAUCUACGGUCCAUCCUCGGAACCCUGACAGUGGAGCAGAUCUAUCAGGACCGGGACCAGUUUGCCAAGCUGGUGCGGGAGGUGGCAGCACCUGAUGUAGGCCGCAUGGGCAUUGAGAUCCUCAGCUUCACCAUCAAGGAUGUGUAUGACAAAGUAGACUACCUGAGCUCACUAGGCAAGACACAGACUGCCGUGGUACAAAGAGACGCUGACAUUGGUGUCGCAGAGGCUGAGCGGGAUGCGGGUAUCCGGGAAGCCGAGUGCAAGAAAGAGAUGUUAGAUGUCAAAUUCAUGGCAGACACCAAGAUUGCUGACUCCAAGCGGGCCUUUGAGUUACAGAAGUCAGCCUUCAGCGAGGAGGUCAACAUCAAGACUGCCGAGGCCCAGCUGGCUUAUGAGCUGCAAGGGGCCCGUGAGCAGCAGAAGAUCCGACAGGAAGAGAUCGAGAUUGAGGUGGUGCAGCGCAAGAAGCAGAUCGCAGUGGAGGCACAGGAGAUCCUGCGCACAGACAAGGAGCUCAUCGCCACUGUUCGCCGACCUGCCGAGGCUGAAGCCCAUCGCAUACAGCAAAUCGCUGAGGGUGAAAAGGUGAAGCAGGUCCUCUUGGCACAGGCAGAGGCCGAGAAGAUCCGCAAAAUCGGAGAGGCGGAGGCAGCUGUCAUCGAGGCAAUGGGCAAGGCUGAGGCCGAACGGAUGAGGCUGAAGGCAGAGGCCUACCAGAAGUACGGAGAUGCAGCCAAGAUGGCCUUAGUGUUGGAGGCCCUGCCCCAGAUCGCCGCCAAAAUCGCAGCUCCUCUGACCAAAGUCGACGAGAUUGUAGUCCUCAGCGGGGACAACAGCAAGGUGACAUCAGAAGUGAACCGGCUACUGGCCGAGCUACCUGCCUCCGUGCAUGCCCUCACGGGUGUGGACCUAUCUAAGAUACCCCUGAUCAAGAAGGCCACCGGUGCACAGGUGUGAGGCUCCCGCAGGCCUGUCCCCUUCAGCGCCUGUUUUACCACCACAGGAACAACGGAAACAUUACUGAUUCUGGUGCCUUAUUUGUAGGGACCAGAAGUGCUGCGUGUUCAGGCCAUCUCUACUGUCUUCCUGCCUCUCCUGUCUGUCUCCCCUUCCUCUCCUCUCUCCAACACUCUCACUUUCACUGCCAUGUUCAUCUCAUGUGUCUUCCACCUAGUUUCCUCAUGGGUCUCUUCCUCUGUUUCCUCCCUGUGCACAUCACGUAGCCUAGACUGAAGAUGUUUAUUGUAAUCACUAUCUGUGGCAGGGUGGCCCUGCUGCUCCUCAUAUCCUGGUGCCUUGAAGUUCUUUGUGCAUCUGACUAUAUUUCUUGUGGCCCUGGCCAGAGCUAAGCAGGGGUUCUGGGUGAGCUGACCACUCUUCCCCUCUCCUGGCCUGGUCCUCCCAGCCUAAGUCCUCCCCUGGGGAGCCCAUAGUCUCUCUCACCCCUGCCCCUCUAGACCUGGGUAGCCAUGGCUACAGAUCCCAGUCUUCCAUCAUCUCUCCUGAGGCCUAGACCUGCUCUCCUGCCGCCCUCUUCCCUACCCUAGGGGCACAGGGGCAAGGCCUCCUGUCUAACAGCUCCCUCACUCCACUACUGCCUUAGGAGGUCCUUGCUUGUGCUCAGGGAGAGCCUCCUCAUGGGCAUGUCCCUGAUAGGUGGGGUGGGGCGUGGGCUAAGUCUGUCUGGGAUCAGGAUCUAGCCCUGUUGGGGACAAGAAUAUGUGUAGAUCCUCUUUCUGCUAUGGCUGCAUGGCCCUGGGUACCAGGCCCUUGUCGGGGGCAAGGCUGUGCCAACCCUGUAUAGAAUCAAGUGCUAUAGACUGGCCAGACCUUAUUCCCCAUGUGCCAUCUUCCUGGCCAGAGUGAUAAGGUUUCAGCCAUGUGGACACAGCCCAGUCUUGUCUCCUUGUUCCAGUGGAGGCAGAAAAGCCCAGGGCCCAAGCACUCUGGUGCAGAUGCUGUGGGUUUCCCCUAGUCCUGGGCCCUAACCCCCAACCCCCAGGCCUGCCCCAGCCUGUGUAGCUCUUCCUGCAUGUGGAUGCUGCAUGUCUGGUCUGGGGCUUGGAUAUUGCACUGCCCCACUGCCUGCCCUUUCUAGUCCAAUAAAAAUCUCUUCUGCCUA